CGCAUCCCGCACCUACAUUGAAUGUUCGCUACGUGCCCUGACAUCUUGACAACUAAAUAGGGUUUCUCUGGGGAUGUGCACUGCUCGAUAUCUUCCGUCUCCUAUCUAUGGUUCAUCAAACGUUCCGUUUUAAUUUUUCACUUCAUGUAGACGUUGCACGAUGCGACCUGCUGGAGAUGACGCUCAAGGGCGUCCCCGCAGUUACGACACCGACGGGCCUUCCACCUUCAGAUUGCCCUCCGCUCCCCAGAUGACCUACUCUCUCGGCGACGAGUCUACCAUCGGCUCGUCCUCUCAGGCCCCACCUCUUCUCUCCAGGCGUGUAAAAGACCACAGAGUGCCGCUUCCCGAGCACCCCGAGCACCCCGAGCACUCCAAGCCCCGAGUGCCGUCGCACCACGACGUCGAGCGGAACAAAGAGCCCGCUCCUCGGCCCUCGAGCGCUAAGGUCCCCUUCGACACCCUCCGACAUUACGACCACGACUCGUCACGGCCCAUCUCACCUUUCCCCCGACCAGCCGAUACCACCAACCUCUCCCAGCCCCUCACCCCGGUUAUGCUCGGUGCAUCGGGCCCUGCCUCGGCUCUAAGUAGUGUUUCCUCCCGGCGUAACUCCCUGUGCCUCUCGGACGACCUCGCCAACUGUCCGAUGAGCAUGAAAGACGGGGACAUCGCCGUCGAGGUCGAAGAGGAAGAGCAGCACCCAGGCGAGGCCGAUCCGGCCGGUGCAGAGAGCUCCCUGUCCAUGAUUGACAGCGGCAGCGCCCCGCAGCUGAUCAUGCCCAGCAUCAAGAUGCCGAGCCGUCGGCCGUUCACUGACGUUGGCAAACGCAUGGGAAGGCUCAAAGUGCUGGUUGCCGGCGACAGCGGCGUCGGCAAGACGUCGCUGAUCAAGGCCAUCGUGCAGUCGUGCGAGCACAUUGUACACGUCGAUCCGAUCACCCCUUCGGGGUUACUUAUCUCGUCCGUGGCGAGGUCGACGCAGAUUAUGCUUCCAGGGACCGGAAGACCGCAGGGGAGCAGGCGCCAUUCAGCGAGGGAGAGCACGGGGACAAGGGAGAUCACUGAGAUCUAUGCGAGCACGAAGCCGUAUCCUGAGUGGUGGUCCGAGGUGGACGAUUUUCGGGUGCUGAGGCGGAGGAAGAGCCUGGGCGAUGCGGUGCUUGAUCGGAAUAUCUGCUUCGUUGAUACCCCGGGGUAUGGGAGCGGGUCAUCGCCCAUGGAAACAAUAACGUCCGUGGCGCAGUACAUCGAAGUCCACCUGCGGCGGAUAUACUCGAAUCAUCUAAGCGACGGGGACCUUCUCAACCUGCUGGGAGGCGAGGGCGGCGUCCAGGUCGACGCUGUGUUUUAUAUGGUGUCAAAUCGCCUCCGCCCGGUUGAUAUCGAGUAUCUCCAGCAACUCUCGCCCCUGACCAAUAUCAUCCUUCUCCUGGCCCAGACCGAUCUGAUGUCGCCUGAGCAGAUCACCGCCAGCAAGGAGCAAAUCCACAGCCAACUAAAAGAAGCCAAUAUCCGUCCCUUCUCUUUCUCCACCCUGUCCCCCUCCGAUGCAGACAAGCAAGGCAUCUAUGCCAUCUCAAGCGCCGCCGGUUCCGACCACGACACAAUGGACGCUAGCCUGCUCAUGUCGCCCGACUACGUGCAACCGCUAAUCCCCACCGAACUUGCCGCUCUCGUUGCCCAAGUCUUCACGCCAAACGGCGCGGCCUGGCUUCGCCACUCCGUCGCCCGCAAGUACCUCGCCUGGCGCAACGCCAACUCCCCUUCGUCUCCGGCCCUCUCCUCAUCAACGCGCCCGCAAUCCCUCGCCCGCGGCCAAUCCCUACCGCAAAGCCUCAGCUUGGCAUCAUCUUCGUGCGCUGCGUUUCCGCACUCAGUCCAACCAUGCCAGCGCAAUUUCCUCCCUCCCUUGCCACCCAUGCAAACACCGACUAGUACAGGAGCGGGCACAAGCUACGCCCUCGCCCGCCUGGCGGACCAUGCUCAGAGGGAGGAGAGGCUGGCGCAAGUGCGGCUGGCGAACUGGGCGGCGGAGCUGCAGCGCAGUCUGGAGAAGGAGAGAGAGGAGUAUGCGAGGCUUGCUAGGCAGGAGAGAGCGAUAUGGCUUGCCGAGAGGAUUGGUGAGUGUGUGAGAGAGGGUGCUGCUUCUGGCGCUCCUGGAGCGGUUUCUGGAUUCGAUGGGCCGGUUGUUGCUUCUGAUCGCGAUGGCUGCAAGGGGAGGGGGACAGGUAAUGGCUUGCUGGCGAGGAGCAGCAGGAGGCGGAAGAGGAUGGGACAGAGGGGAGGAGCAGGAGGGUUUGGGGAGGUAGAGGGGGAGACACAGCAUCGGCACAGGCAGGAUCCGCUUGGCUUGCUGGAGGUUGCUGAUGAGUUGAGACAUAGGGGGCUCAUUGCGCUGGAGGUGCUCGGGAGUAUUGGCGUGCUGGGCGGGUUGGCGCUCUGGGUUACGAGGCAUUACCUGCAUGUGCAGGGCCUUGGGUGGGUGAUGGGCGAGUGGGAGCGGUUUUGGUAUGGGCCUCGGUAAUGGAGGGGGCUUGCUCAGUGGGCAGUCGGUUUUCUUUUGCUUAUUUUUUUUCAAGGGGAUGGAUGGGCAUACCUAGGCAAGUAUGACAUGGGAUCUGGGCAUCUCUGAAGUUGUGGUAUGUCAUGUCUUGGGGUUCAGAUGUGCAACUCCUGGACGACAGGAGCGCUGUUACCAGGCAUAUUCCGAAACCGUGAUUUUCUGGCUUUUUACUGAGCCAGAUGGUGACAAGGUAUCACAAUAUCUGGUGGGGGUAUCGGUGUCGGGAAUGGGUAUGGGGCAUUGCUGGAGAUUCACAUCGUGGCUCGAUGGUUUCUUGGGACAAAGCUACUCAAAUCUCUCAUAGUGCAUAUUUUAUACCACAUCAUUGAAAUAUGUCAAAUCGUCC